AUUAAACGGGAUUUCCAUGGAGAUAAGAUGACUCUCUUACGGGCAAAAUGUAUCAUUGCAGGUGAUGACACCGUCGGUAAAAGUGCUCUAACACAAGUAUUCCACAGCGAUGGAACUCAUUAUCCUAAAAAUUAUUUAAUGACAACUGGUAUUGAGCUGAUUGUCAAGAGCAUUACCGUACCAAAUACAAAAGCAACUGUUGAAUUAUAUAUUUACGACUCCGGUGGCAAAGAAAUGUUUUCGGACCAUGUAAUAUCUAAUUGGGAUGGAAUAGAUGUUUUUCUCCUCGUAUUUGAUGUCACCAAUCCUCAAUCACUUAUAAAUUGUGAAAAGUGGUUGGAAAGGAUAAAAGAUAAAUCGUACAAUAAUCAUUUAAUGGGCGCGGUUGUUGCUAACAAGAUUGAUUUGAAAGGACGUCGCGAUGUGGAUACUAACGCCGGCAGCGAGUUUGCUAAGAAACAUAAUUUGGAAUACUUUGAAUGUUCUGCGAAAGAAAAUCUAAAUAUAGAGGAGCCAUUCAAAGCUAUAGCACAAUCAUUUCAUUCACAUUAUGAAGAAUGUUUAGAAAAAUUUAAAUGUGUCUGAAAAAUGGAGUGUUUUAAAGUUUUACUUUCAACUGUAAAUACCUCUAAGUAAUAUUGAAGUACGUAAAAUGCUAAGAUAGUAUGAGUCCAUCUUAUUGGAAGCCCAACUACAUCAAUUACCCCUAGUAACAUUAUUGCAGUUACUAUACAAUUUCAUUUCUAGUGUUAUUAAUUGAUCAUUUGUUUACAACAAUUUGCGUGGCUAAUACAGUAGAAACAAGUAAAAGUUAAUAAAAUAAAUGCGCUUUUACU